CUCACGCUUAGAGGAGCCUCACACCCUCCACGGACACCGAGUGCCUCUCAUCGCUCCCUUGCACACUCACCUGGGCCUCGGUUCACACAGCCUCUUGCACACAAACACCCAGACCCUCACUCAGCUCACACAUACUUGCUGCCAGCACAGUCUCCAUGGCUCCCUGCAUGGCCCCGCUGUUGGCCUUCAGCCUGCUGUUUCUCUGGACCAACCUAGCCCCUGCUCUGGGUGGUGCUAAUGAUGCUGAGGACUGCUGCCUGUCUGUGACCCACCGCCCCAUCCCUGGGAACAUCGUGAAAGCCUUUCGCUACCUGCUCAUCAAGGAUGGCUGCAGGGUGCCAGCUGUUGUGUUCACCACACUAAGGGACUACCAGCUCUGUGCACCCCCAGAUCAGCCCUGGGUAGACCGCAUCAUCCGGAGACUGAAGAAGUCCCUUCCCAAGGGCAAGCGCCACAGUAAUUAGCCCUGACAACACCACAGGGAGCCCUGAGUCAACAGGAAGAAUGGAACCAAGGACCAGAGGGAGAACCAGGCCUCCAGCUGCUCUGUACCAGACCUGAACCAGCCAGGACAGGUCUAAAGUGUCAAAGUGACUGUGAAUGUGAGUGUGAGCAAGAGCACAGCCUCUCCACAUCCAGACUGCAGUGCUUACAAUAAAGCCACUUAGCACCCA